AUCCAUUGGGAAUGCCAACCAUUCAUUUCCUUUCUUUCUCUUCUCUUUAACCUCACAUCUCUCCCUCCCCACUGCGUCCUCUUCUCUUCAUGAUACAUCAACAAACUUGUACAAAAUACUAACAAAACAUGUCUAUAUAAUAUUAUAAGCAAGAAGAAAAGAGAAGAAAAAAAAAAAAAGAAAAAGAAAAGUUUCAGCUUCUGCUGAAUCACCAACUACAUUAACAGUGGUGUUUUUUUUCCCACUCUUUCUCUUUCCUCUAUCUCUGUCUCUAUCUUUGUUUCUCUCCCUCCCUUUAUAUCCUAUAGUAACAACUCAACAAUCAAGAAGAUCAGAUCCAAGAAGAGGAUUAUUAUCUGUCUAUCACAAAAUACCCACUGAUCAGUCACUACUCCAUCAAUCAAAUCAAGAAUCAAACAUGUCCUCCUCAUCAGCUGCUUUUUCACCGGACCACCUCUCUCCCUCCGACGAGCUCUGUUACGUCCAUUGCAAAUUUUGUGACACUUUCCUCGCGGUGAGCGUCCCUUGCUCUAGCUUGUUCAAGACCGUCACCGUUCGAUGCGGCCACUGCACCAACCUCUUGACUGUCGACAUGCGCAGGCUCCUUCUUCCUGCGGCUAACCAGCUCCACCUUGGUCACCCUUUCUUCAACCCUCAGAAUAUUCUGGAGGAGAUCCGGAGCGCAACACCACCAAAUAUGCUGAUCAAUCAACCAAGCCCAAAUGAGCCUAUUAUGCCGGUGCGAGGAGGAGUUGAGGAGCUUCCUAAGCCACCUGUUGUCAACAGACCUCCGGAGAAGAGACAGAGAGUCCCAUCUGCCUACAAUCGCUUUAUCAAGGACGAGAUCCAACGCAUCAAAGCUGGAAAUCCUGAUAUAAGCCACAGAGAGGCUUUUAGCGCAGCUGCAAAGAAUUGGGCCCACUUCCCUCAUAUUCACUUCGGACUUAUGCCUGAUCAACCCGUGAAGAAAACUAACGUGCGCCAACAGGAAGGAGAGGACGUUCUGAUGAAGGAUGGGUUUUAUUGUGCUGCCAAUGUGGACGUUUCCCCUUACUAAGAAAGAAAGUACUGCAACUUUUAGGGUUUCCUCUUCUUUUCUUCAACUGUUAUUAGAGUACUUGCUUGUCAUUAAACCUUUCUUUCAAGAAGACUGGACUGCUAAGACUGUAUGGGUUUUAUGUUAGUAUGGUUUGGGAGAAGAUUUUGGAGUCUCACCGCCAUACAUAUUUAUAUAAUCUCCCGAAAACCAUUAAUUAUAUAAGAAACCGAAGGUCUUUAUAAUGUGGCUACUUUGGAAUA